UCUAGUGCCCAGGAUGUACACCGAUGUGACCUUUGUGAGACCGCCGUAGUACACAGCUACUGUGACUUUUGUCAUGUCAAACUUUGUAAGUCCUGCUUAGGAGAACACAUCUUGGAUGGAUAUGACAAACAUAAAAUUGUACUAUUCCAGGAUCGAAGAUCAACCCUCAUUUAUCCAAAAUGUAGUACACAUCCACAUAAAAUCUGUGAAUCCCAAUGCAUGGAUUGCGACAACAUUUUUGUUUGUUCCUCCUGCAUGGCUGCUGAACUACAUGAAAGACAUAAAUUUCAAGAAAUUACAGAGGUAUACAAUACUAAGAAAGAAGUCAUUAAAAAGGAUGCAAAAGAGUUGGAGAAUCAUAUUUCCCCCACGUAUGAUGAAAUUGCACUGGACUUGGAAAAUCAGCUUGCCAACCUGGAUAAAGGGUAUGAGAAACUUACAACAACAAUGUCCAAUCAAGGAGAGCAAUGUCAUAGAGAAAUUGACAUAGUCAUCAACAAGAUGAACGCUGAACUCAGCGAGAUAAAAGUGAAACACAGAGACAUUUUACAGAAACAUUUAGAUGAAACCAAACAGAUUCAGUCUCUCAUAACACAAACAAUGCUGACCUUAAAGGAAAUAGAAAAAUCCACUGAAGUAUCUCCUACCCUUAGAUACAGCUCUAAGAUAAGAGAAUUCAGCAAAUUUCCACCCAAAGUUCAGAUAUCACUGCCAACAUUCAUUCCAAAUCCAAUAGAUCAUGAAAAGCUGUAUGGGUUGUUUGGACAAAUCACCCAAUUAUCUACUUCCACAAAAGAUAAUGUCGUGUCACUGAAUCAAUCCAAAAACUCAGUAGGAGAGCUACUUGAUGAACCGGAGCUUGUUGCUACGAUACAGACUGGGUAUAGACAUCUUCGCAAUGUUAUCUGUCUGAAUGAAGGCAAUAUAUGGACAAGUGGAAUGGCUAAUGAUAUAAAAUGUUUCAACGUUAAAGGUUUACUCCUUCAGACAAUCCAGACAAAGUCAUGGGAUUGGCCCGAAAUAGCUGUAGAUAAUAAUGGAGAUCUACUGUUCUCUGCCUGGCAUGAAAGGACACUAAAUAAAGUAAAGAGUGGACAGACAGAAGAGUUGAUCAGAUUACUGGGAUGGAAACCUGUCAACCUGUGUGUCACCUCUACUGGUGAUCUCCUGGUUACCAUGUUCAGUGAUGAUAAAACUCAAUACAAAGUUGUACGUUACUCGGGAUCUACAGUAAAACAAACAAUUCAAUUUGACGAAGAAGGUAAACCUCUGUACUCAAGGAGUACUUGUAGUAAAUACAUUACAGAGAACAGAAAUCAUGACAUCUGUGUAGCUGACUUUGGGGCUGGUGCAGUAGUGGUGGUUAAUCAGGACGGGAAACUCAGAUGGAGAUACACCGGUCAUCCCUCAGCAACCAAGAACAAAUCAUUUAACCCAUAUGGUAUCACAACGGACAGUCAGAGUCGUAUCCUAACAGUAGACGGUACCAACUAUUGUAUCCACAUUCUAGAUCAGAAUGGACAGUUUCUCCGUAACAUUGAUAACUGUGAUCUGAAGAAUCCUCAGGGUUUAUGUGUGGACAGUAAUGACAAUCUGUUUGUGUGUGAAUUUUUCGGGGGGAAUUUAAAGAAAAUCAAAUAUCUAAACUAGAUAAUGAUCUGUUUGUGUGUGACUUUUACACAGGCAAUUUAACGAAAAUCAAAUAUCUAAAGUAGACAUUGACAUUGUGAAAAUAUGCUAAUAAAUCAAGCAAAUUGUU